AUGAAGACAGGUAGCGGGGCCCGGCCGCGGCCCGGAGCGCGGAGGCGGCCGAGCGCGCGGGCUGAGGCGGGCGGCCGGGCGGAGGCGGGCGGCGGGGCGGGCGGGCGCGGCAGCCCCGCAGCCUGGGCCUCCAGCCGGGACGGCCGGGCGGGCCCCUGGGCGCGCCGCUCCCUCCCGGCGGCCCUCGCGCGCGGCCCCGGAACCGCCGGCGCCCCGCCCCGCCCCGGACGCCGGACGCCGGAAGCCGGAAGCCGCCCGCCGCGUGACCGCCGGCCGCCAGUGCGCGGCGCUUCCGGGUCCGGCGCGCCCGACGCGGCGGCGCUGCUGCUCUCCCCGGAGCGCGGAGGGGCGGCGGUCGGUCCCGGCGCGAUGCAGCCGCGGCGUCCGGACGGCUUCGACGGGCUGGGCUACCGCGGCUUCGGCGGCGGCGCGGCCGACCUGGGCCGCUGGGUGACGCCGCCGCCCGACAUCCCGGGCAGCCGCAACCUGCACUGGGGCGCGCGCAGCCCGCCCGGCCCGGGGCCGCCCACGCCGCGCGACGGCCCCGCCGACCCCGCCGACCCGGCCGGCGGCCCGGGAAGCCAGGCGCGCGCGCAGGGCGGCGAACAGUUGAAUAGAUUUGCUGGAUUUGGUAUUGGACUUGCAAGUCUCUUUACAGAAAAUGUUCUGGCCCAUCCUUGCAUUGUUCUACGUCGCCAAUGUCAGGUUAAUUACCAUGCUCGAUAUUAUCAUCUCACUCCAUUUACGGUCAUAAAUAUUAUGUAUAGCUUCAACAAAACUCAGGGACCACGAGCCCUGUGGAAAGGAAUGGGAAGUACAUUUAUUGUCCAGGGAGUCACACUUGGAGCAGAGGGACUAAUCAGUGAAUUUACACCUUUGCCAAGAGAAGUUUCACAUAAAUGGAAUCUUACACAAAUAACAGAACACCUUUUACUAAAAUCCCUAACUUAUAUGGUGGCAAUGCCUUUUUAUUCAGCAAGUUUAAUUGAAACCGUACAGAGUGAGAUCAUUCGAGAUAACACAGGAGUUUUGGAAUGUGUCAAAGAAGGACUUGGAAGAGUGAUGGGCUUAGGAGUGCCUCACAGCAAACGACUCCUUCCACUUCUUUCCUUGAUCUUCCCUACCGUGCUACAUGGGGUUCUUCAUUACAUCAUCAGUUCACUCAUUCAGAAGUUAGUCUUACUAAUUCUAAAGAGAAAGGCUUAUAGUAGCCACUUAGCUGAGAGCACUAGCCCUGUGCAGUCUAUGUUGGAUGCUUAUUUCCCAGAACUUAUUGCUAACUUUGCUGCCAGUCUUUGCUCUGACGUUAUACUUUACCCAUUGGAAACAGUUUUGCACCGCCUUCACAUUCAAGGAACACGCACAAUAAUUGACAAUACAGACCUUGGCUAUGAAGUGCUUCCAAUUAACACACAAUAUGAGGGCAUGAGAGACUGUAUCAACACUAUAAGGCAGGAGGAAGGAGUGUUUGGUUUUUAUAAAGGGUUCGGUGCUCUUAUAAUCCAGUACACGCUGCAUGCAACUGUUUUGCAAGUUACCAAAAUUAUUUACUCUGCAAUACUUCAAAAUAGCAUUUGAGAUUUAGGUUCCAGAUUCUUCUAAAAGACAUAAGAUGGAUGGAUACCUUGUUAUGAAAUUAUGAGGGAUAAAGUAAAAAGUACUGUACUAGCUGAAAGGUGAAAUAGAACGUGAUAUCAAUUUUUUGAUGCUUAUUUACUUUUUAAAAAUUAGGCAUGAACAAAAUACUCCAAAUUUGAAGAUAUAUUACAAAUAAAAAACAAAUUAAAAUCUAUCUAGUUUAGCACUUAUGCUAAACUCAAAAUGAUUUGGGGCAGAAAUGAAAACUUGUUAGCAAACAUGAGCUACUACCUCAUGGAGUUGAAUUUAUUUCAUCCGAUUUUCAUACAAUUGACAGUUACUUUAGCUUCUAGGAUUAUAGUGACAUCCUUAAUAUAGUUUCUGACACCAGAAGAAAGUUUACCUCAGCUAAAUAAAUGCCAUCUGUGAUGUAGGCUAGAGCAAUUAGAUUUGGCAAUCUGUAAACAAGAAUUGGAAAUUUCAUUUUUUCUACAUACAUAAAUAAAUGUGUACAUUUAUUUGGACCAUUAUGCACACCCAUAUAUGUACACACAUAAUUUCCUCAUUUCUUUACAUUAUCCACUCAAUCAGCUUAUUCCAUAAAAUAAAAUCAAACACAUUCUGCCUAAAUGUUUGAAAAAAAUCAGGGUCCCCUAGUACUUAAACAGCACUUUUUGUCCAUAAUCAAACUCAACAUUUUAAUGGCAGUAUCUUAAAAUACAUAAUUUAUAAAGUUUUAUUUACUUGCCUAGUUAGGUGAAUCAUCAGACCAUUUUUAGAAAGAGACUAAAAUCAUGAUAACAUUACUGUUACCAUAUUUACAGUGUGUGUGCUAAAAGGAAUGUUACUUGCCUUUCAUUUAUGAAUGACUUGUCUUAAAGGAGGCCAUUAAAAUCCACCUGGAAAUUUGUACUUCUUGCCUUAUGUAUAAUCAUCAUUAAAUAAUGGCUUUAAUUUU